AUCUUGUUGGCAUGCUAAGUAUUAUAUAUGAAUUAACUUUACCCUGAGAUCAAGUAUCUGCUUAUAUGAGUUAUAUCAUGAAUCAUGGUAUUUUAUGUACUGAUAACACAAGAAUGGUUCCAUAUCACUUUCUAAGAAGAUACUGAGUGAUCCUUUCCCAUACAGCUUUUUAUAGCUCCCUAAUUAGUUACCAAGAGCAUCGAUCAUCUACAAGGAAGUAGACCACAAUGUCUGGCGUAUCGGUUGCUGUGGCUCCUAGGUCGGAGCCUGAUAAAACUACAACUGCUGGAUCACAACACCAGGAAAAGCCACAUCGCCAACUGCACCAACAGCGGCAGCAGCCAGCUGUUGGAGGUGUCAUGGGGUCAUUGCGCGUAAUCGAGCUCCAGCUCGUGGCAUUCAUCAUGGUGUUCUCUGCCAGUGGCCUCGUCCCGCUCCUUGAUUUGAUCUUCCCUGCUUUCGCCUCCGCCUAUCUCUUAGUACUGUCGCGCUUGGCCUUCCCAUCACAUGGUCAUGUCUCUUCUGGCGCGCAGGAGAUUUUUCAAGGAAGCAAAUUCUUUAGGCUGUAUGUGAUUGUGGGAACUACAAUUGGGCUGUUCUUGCCUUUGGCCUAUGUGUUGGGUGGUUUUGCAAGGGGUGAUGAGCACGCUGUGCGCUCAGCAACACCUCACUUGUUCUUGCUCUCCUUUCAGAUUCUGACUGAAAAUGUCAUAAGUGGGUUGUCACUAUUUUCGCCACCAGUUAGAGCACUUGUUCCGUUGCUUUACACAGUUAGGAGAAUCUUUGUCAUCCUUGAUUGGAUGAAGGAUGUCUGGCUUAACAAGACUCUCCCUGCAAAUGCACAAUUGAAGGAUGUUGCAUGGUUUUGGUUUGGAAGGACCUUGGCUGUGGCCAACUUCUUAUAUUUCUCGAUCAAUUUGUUUGGGUUUUUGAUUCCUCGAUUUCUUCCAAGGGCCUUUGAGAGGUACUUUAGGGAGAGGGAUGAAGUUCAUUCCAAGACUGCAGAGGACAAGCGCUCAGCAGCUUUAAAUAAAUCGCAAUCAGCUCCAGCAGAUAAGAAGGCCGACUGAAUCCUUGCUUGCUCAGUCUCGGUGCCAUACACUCUUUUGUUUGUGGAAACCUACCUCUCGAUUCUCACUUUCACUGCACCUUAAGCAAUUCUCUGUUUGAACUUUGUAGUUUCCUUUAACUAGUUUGUUGUAGUCCUUUAUGCAUGGAUUAUAUAUCAAUCUAAAUGUGUUUGCUUUUUGUAA